AUGGGAUAGUCAGGGUAUUAGCUGAAAAAAUGUUAAUAAGAUGAUCAUAAUGAGUAGAUCGAAACCAUUUGUUAUAACUAGUAGUGCACAGACUUCAGAUUGAAUUGCUCUAAAUGUGAGGAAAGAAUCCAUCAAGAUCAUUUUAAUGAUGUUUAAAGAAUCAACAGCUUGGUUGGAUUCAUUAAAGAUAAAAAUACAGAAUGUUAAAAUUUUAUUAGUGAUCUUAAAACUUUUGUGGAGAUUAUGAAUUAAUCAUUUUCUUAAUUAAUAAGUGGAAUUUAAUUAAAAUAUUUAAUAAGAGAGGAAGUAGUAAAAAAUUCCACCUUGUAAUAAAUAAAUGAUUAUUUGAAAUCUGCAAUUGGUUUUAUUGAAUACAAAUACUCAAUUAAAAAUGUUGUUUCACAAUUAACUCAGAAAUUAACUAAUGCAUUUAAUACUUUAUAUGAAAAAUUAUAAUUAACUACAUUUAACUAUUAUGAGAUAGAUUUUAUUUCUAA